AUGAUCGAUGCUGCGGCUGCGCGCUCAGGUACCACAUACCAACCACGACCUCAACCACCUGCGCCGGGUCCUACGUAUCAGCCGCGCCCACAACCACCUUCGCCAGGUCCUACAUACCAGCCACGCCCGCAGCCAUCUACCCCUGGUACAACAUAUCAGCCACGACCCCAACCCCCUGCGCCAGGUCCUACAUACCAGCCACGUCCAGAGCCAUCUACUCCUGGUACAACAUACCAACCGCGACCGCAACCACCUUCGCCUGGACCAACUUAUCAACCACGCCCACAGCCACAGCCAUCGACGCCUGCAAAGCCUGGUCCCGAAUAUUUGCCACCCCCCGGUGAAAAUGAAGUAGGCCCAACGCAGCCAGCUCAACGCCCGAAACCACAACCGCAGCCGCGACCACAACCGCAACCACAACCACAACCCAGACCUCAACCAACGUAUCAGGCGCCACAGCCAGCUCAACCGGCGCCGCAACCAACUUAUCCAGCACCACAGCCCUCACAGCCAGUUGGUCAAUCUACGUAUCCGGCACCGCGGCCCGCACAACCGUCGCCAGGUCCGACAUUCCCAGCACCAAGGCCAUCAUAUCCUGGAUCUCAGCCGUCUUUCCCGGCGCCACAGCCAACUCAACCAGCGCCGCAGCCAACAUACCCAGCACCCAGGCCGGAACCCAGUUACCCUGCGGGUCCAGGUGGUCCAGAAGGUCCAAGUGGACCGGAUGGUCCGACAGGCCCAGAAGGUCCUGAGGGUCCGGACGGUCCAGAAGGUCCUGGCGGUCCUAGUGGUCCCGAGGCUGGAUCUCUUGGACCGGAUGGUUACAACUACAGCAAGCCAUCAAGGCCCUUCUCCUAUUAAACAGCCGAACCCAAACACAUGAAACUCGCCCGUUAAGUAUUAUAAAAUUCAAGAAUGAGUAAAAAUUACGAAACAAUUGAAAAGGCCAACAAAUCAAACAAAAAACAUUAGCGCAUGAGCAACAUGUCUUCUAAAAAUAGACAAACCAUCAU